UUUGCGCGCGUUCCGUCAUUUCGGCUGUAUAGAAUAUUGUUCUCUCAUCCAUCAGUUUAGUAGAGCGCUGUUCGUCAACUGUAUUGGAUCUCUCGCAACAAAGUCCCAGCAAGCUGACCGAAGUCUGUUAAUUUGCAUACAUCUCUAAAAAAGCAAUCGAAGAAUACAAAAAUGCCAGCCAUCAACAAGCCAGCCCCAGAUUUUAAAGGCACCGCUGUGGUGAAGGGUCAAUUCAAGGAGAUCGAACUCUCACAGUACAAAGGCAAAUACGUGGUUCUCUUCUUCUACCCAUUGGAUUUCACUUUCGUGUGUCCAACGGAAAUUAUUGCCUUUUCGGAUCGUGCCGAAGAAUUCCGCAAAAUCAACACAGAAGUGAUCGGUGUUUCGACUGACAGCCAUUUCACUCACUUGGCAUGGAUCAAUACAUCACGCAAACAAGGCGGUUUGGGCGAAUUGAACAUCCCAUUGUUGGCCGACAAAUCGAUGAAGGUUUCGCGUGACUAUGGUGUCUUGGAUGAAGAGACCGGCAUUCCAUUCCGUGGUUUGUACAUCAUUGAUGCCAAUCAAAAAUUGCGUCAAAUCACCGUUAACGACUUGCCAGUCGGUCGCAGCGUCGAUGAAACAUUGCGCUUAGUUCAAGCAUUCCAAUACACUGACAUCCAUGGUGAAGUGUGCCCAGCCGGCUGGAAACCCGGCAGCAAAACUAUCAAACCAAGCGUUGAUCAAUCCAAGGAAUAUUUCACCAGCGCCAACUAAGAGCAAUAAAUUUAUUCAAAAAAGAAAACAAAAAUACAAAAACCAUUUAUAUCAAACACAGAGGCUACUUCUAUGCCAAUGCAAAUUACCACUUCCACUGAAACCAAUAUUAAUAAUUACCAAAUGCUGUGUUGAAAAAAAGUAAUGUCUGAAGCUAAUCUUCGGUUAUCAAAAUAGUUUCUAUGUUGUUUUAUUGGUGUCAUACAAUGAUGUUUUUCUACGUUUUUUUCUAUUAUAUACCACCAAUCGGCUCAUUUCGUUGAAUUGGAUUUUUAUCGAAUAUCAAAUAUGAGAUAAAAAAUGUAAUACCAACUCAAGAAGUUUUGCUCCAAUAAAAUUAAACGAAUGUAAAAAAAAAAUCGAUGGGAAAUAAAGAUUAUGAUUUUGAUAGAAAACUAAA